UGCAAACAUGGCAAAUAAUUGUAUGCAAGAAGCGAGCGAAAACAGAGAAGGAGAAAGAGCAACGGAAAAUCUAGAUGAAUGUCUAAUAAGAAUCAUGAAGCAGCUAUAUGACAUUGAAUGGAGGAUAAGGAGAGUGGAGUAUGAGUACAAAACUGAGAAGAUCGAAAAGUCUUUGGUUAAAUUCAAAUGUGAACACAUUAAAAGCGAGAUAACUAUUAUGAAUGGAGUGCUGCAGAUGGAAGGCUAUCCAAACCCUGAAUACUUGAAGGAUCAUGUUGAGGGCAAGCUUAAAUGCGUAAUAGAAGAAGUUGACGAUGUGAUUUCUUUCAAGUUAAAAAGUAGUGGGGAGGAGGUUGUAGAGGAUAUUAUUGAUCCCCACGAGUGGCUUCGACGGCAUGAAUCUUCCUCUUCUUCUGAUUCCAAGCUUGGUUUAGUGCAAAAGGAUGAAAUCGAAGUUUCAAAAUGGUUGUCCAUCAUUGCUAAGAGGAUUGAGAAAAUCAGGAUGUUAGUUUCCCAAUUCAGCCCCCAGCCCGAGCAGAUGCCACCAAUAAGCUACAGGAGUCGCUUCUUGGAGAAAAGGCUAUCAAACAGGAGUGCAUGCAUUGAUAUGUGCAUUGAAGAGAGCCUGCUGAUAUCACCCAUGAUCACCUCUCUCAAGAAGAGCUACGACCAUCUUCCUACCAACUUGAAGCUCUGCUCGCUCUGCCUUGCCGCAUUUCCUGAGCGCUUCGUCAUCAUAAAAAUCCCACUAAUCUAUUGGUGGAUGGCAGAAGGCUUCAUCACUGAGACUGAAGGAGUUGGAGUUGGAGAAGAAAACUUUAUGGAACUCAUCCGUCUGGGGUUUAUAGAACCAUUUUAUUAUGAAGAUGAAGCUAAAAGGCUCAGUAGUCUGGGAAUAGUAGGUGCUUGUAGAGUGCAUCCUUGGAUUCGAAGAAUGUUGGUUUCCAUUGCAAUGGAUACCCAAUUUUUUGAAUUUUACGGUAGGCAGCUGGAGAAGAAGAAAAUUAGCACUACUCCUAGCCCUGCAGCCUCAGGUUUUGAUGGCCGGCCAGCGCAUGCAUGUUUGUUUUGGGAUGAAGGCGCAGAACUAGAAAACUACUGCAGUUUCAUGUGGAUAAUCAAGAUUCUAGGGUGGCUAAAGCCUGCUCUCGUUGUGUUUGAAAAGGAAAUUAUUAAUAAAGAAAUUAAAGAAGCCAGGAUCUCCUAUAAUGAUGGGGUAAAAGGGUAUCAUCAUAUGCAAGAGGUUUGGGAUAUGCUUUUUGCUUUUCGAUUAUUGAUUUUGUGUGUAAGCAAGCUGCUGGUGUAUGGACUGAGUGACAGGAUAAGCCCUUGGGAUGGUGAUGAAAAGCCUGAGGCACUCUUGGAGAAGAUAAGAGAAUUGGAGACUGAUAUUCAUCAAAAUGAAAAAGAUGUUCAAGUUUUGUUUAAGAAGCAAAACAAAAUGCUGACGGAUCUUAAUAAAGUAUUGAUGUGGGCAAAGGAGCAGGUUCAUGUUCUAGAGAUGCAGGUGUAUCACAGAAGAAGGAACCGCCAGGAGUUGCAGCAUACAGAACAACUAUUUGCCCGUUAUGACCUUAGCCGUUGCAGUAGCAGCAGCCCCAUUCAUCGUCAAUGGGGGGGUAAAGCACCACUAUUGGCCAUCAUUAAUGUUAACCAAGGUUACCUAAAUUUGGAGGAGCUGCUAGUGUUUGGUGGGAAAUUAAAUAAGCUUCGAACCCUUCACUUGGGAAUGUGGAAUCAUUGGCAAGGUAAAAACAUUGAAAUUGAAAAUAGUUUGGUGUUGAAUGCCCUGUUCCAAGUAGCCAGCAAGCACUUGAAAUACCUAAGCCUCAGAGGAGUUGUAGGAAUCACCUCAUUGCCUCCCUCCAUAUCUAAUUGUUGCAACCUACAAGUAUUGGACCUCAAGAGUUGCAUGGAUUUAGAAGAGGUGCCUUCAGAGAUUAGGUCACUUUCCAAACUCACUUAUUUCAAUGUAUCAGGAUAUACCUCGCGGCUUAAGCACAGUAGUGUAUGGGUGGUAGUUGCAAAACUUAUGUUGCUCCGAACGCUAAAGGGUGUUGCUCUUACACAGGAUGCAGAUUUGAUCUCCCUCAACUCCCAAAUAACUCCUCACAACUUAAUGAAGUUGAGCGUUAUUGUUAACUUCAAUAUUAAUGAAGUUUGCAAUUUACAAAGGUUCUCUAAUCUUCAUGCUCUAAAAAUAACAUGGCCGCUAGGAGGUGAUUUAUUAGCAGAUAGAUAUGGUUUUGAGCUUCCCCCACAACUAAGGAAACUUCAACUAAAAUGGUAUCCAGGUGAGAAUUGGCCAGCAUGGCUCAAGAGGCAUCCUACCUUGGAAACACUUCACUUCUCUUAUUCAUGGGGGAUUACAGCUUUCCCGGAUGAUCUUAUGCUACCCAAACUCCAAGUUUUGAUCUUGCCAGGUUUACCUAUGUUUAAUCAGGAUAUUGUGGAACUUGGGGUAUCUCGUUGCUUUCCCUCUCUCAAACUGUUGUAUGACCGGCACUCUUCUUCUUAUCAUUGGAUCUAAGGGUGUUUCACUUUUUUUUUUCUUUCUUUCUUUCUUUUCAUUCAUUUUACCCAAUUAAUUAAUACCAGCCUUGC